CCUGCACACGCAAGAACACCAAAACCCUUCUGAAAUCCUAGUACCAAAACAAACACAUCCCUUUCCUUUUUCUCGCCAAUUUUUAUGCAAAUGUCUGUCUAUAUAAAGGCUCCUGUGUCUUAUCAAGUGCCAAUGUCUUAUUAGAGCUUCAAGAUUUCAUUUCUGUGUUUUUGUUUUCUCGACCCGAAAAUGGAGAAUCACAAUCCCUUUCCUUCAUCUUCUCUGCAAAUUUUCAUGGCUGCUUUAUUUGGAGCUUCAGUCAUGGCGAUCUCCUCCUUUUACUUCCACAAACGCGCAGUGAACCACAUUCUCGAGCGAGCUUUGCAUUUUCGUCGCAAAGCUGUACGUUCGAGGUCCGCCAUUGAUGAAGCUCAGAGAGAACGAGAAGAAGAAGAAAUGGAAAAGGAAGACGAAGAGGGAGAGGAGGAAGACGAGGAUUACGAUGGAGGAAUAGGGUUUAUAGGAGGGGCAUGGGGGAGUAAUGUUUUGCGUGGUGGUGAGAGAGAAGCCAUGUGUUACAGGGUUUCGAGUUCAAUGCCCGAUGAGAAGCUUCUUCGAUGGAGAGGGAGAAAGCCGUCUGAGUUGGUUAAGGGAGAAGAACAGAGGAGAAGAAAUAUGUCGAUCGCCAAUGGUUGCUCAUCUUCUGGUAGACUCGAUUGUAUUCCUGAUGGGAUUACUAGCCUUCAAACUCAAGGAGAAGGAAACAAUCAAUCUCUUAAUCAUUCAAGUCCGCAUAUGAGUUUCUCAUCUCUUUUAAGGUCAUCAACCCCAAAAUCCCAAGUUGCUUCUGCAUUUCAAGAUGUGGAGGUAUGUGAUAAUGAAGAAAUUCCAAAUGAAACUCGGGAAAAUGAGAGUUACAGAUACAUGAAUGGAAAUGGUGAUCCUUCUUUACUUGGCACUAUGGGCACAUAUGACGUGGACACAAAUGACGAGGAUUUAUCACGUAUUUCAUCUAUAGAUUUUGGUGGUAAUUCUUAUAAGAGCAACAUUUUUGGGACAGUUGUAAGUAAUUCAAAUAAUAUUAAUGGAGAUCAUUGCAUGCACACGCCGACCCCAGUUGCAGCAGAUAUUUUAAGAAAGGAACCUGAGAAGGAAGGGAUUCCACUGGAAAUGGCACUUAAUGAGGCACUUAGUGGAGAGGAUAAGGAAGUACGCUUGAUGCUUCAAGAGUGCCUUUCCCUUAGGAACAAAUAUGUCUUUCGAGAAAAGAUUGUUAUGUGGGAGAAGGAAAUGAUGUCCGACCCAAGUACCCGGAAGCCAGUUAUUGAUCCUUUUUGUUAUAAAUCUGAGCGGCCAAGUGAGCAUUAUUUUUGGAUGGAAGACGGAGUAGUGCAUGUCUAUUCUGACAAAGAAAUGAGCAGAGAGCUUUUCCCUAGCUCCAUGCUAUUUGUGAGGUUCUUUUCGGAGUCUCUAAUGUUUUUAUUGUUUUUUGAGGUUUAUCUUUCAGUGAGCAGAGAGCUUUUCCCGGUUGCUGAUUCAACAACAUUUUUUACUGACAUGCACCAUAUUCUGAAAAUUAUGAGUACUGGAAGUCUGCAGACAGCAUGCAAAUAUCGGCUAGACCUUUUAGAAUAUAAGUUCAGGCUCCAUCUGUUGCUGAAUGCUGAUCGUGAAUUUCUAGCUCAAAAGAGUGCACCACACCGUGAUUUUUACAAUGUCAGAAAGGUUGAUACACAUGUGCAUCACUCUGCAUGCAUGAACCAGAAACAUCUUUUGCGUUUCAUUAAGUCAAAACUUAGGAAAGAGCCUGAUGAGGUUGUCAUAUUUCGGGAUGGAAAAUAUCUUACUCUCAGUGAAGUAUUUGAGAGUUUGGAUUUGACUGGGUACGACCUUAGUGUUGAUCUCUUAGAUGUGCAUGCAGACAAGAGUACCUUCCAUCGAUUUGACAAAUUCAAUCUUAAAUACAACCCUUGUGGCCAGAGCAGACUCAGAGAAAUUUUUUUAAAGCAAGAUAAUCUUAUUCAAGGUCGCUUUAUAGCAGAAGUUACAAAAGAAGUUCUAUCUGAUCUUGAGACAAGUAAAUUCCAGGUGGCUGAGUACAGGAUAUCCAUCUAUGGAAGGAAACAAAGUGAAUGGGACCAGUUGGCCAGCUGGUUUGUUAACAAUGAAAUUUAUAGUGAAAAUGCGAUUUGGUUAAUUCAGCUGCCCCGCUUGUAUAAUGUGUACAAGGACAUGGGAAUUGUAACAUCAUUCCAGAAUAUUUUAGACAACGUUUUUAUCCCUCUUUUUGAAGUUACAGUUAAUCCCAGCUCGCAUCCAGAGCUUCAUGUGUUCUUGAGGCAGGUUGUGGGUUUUGACAUUGUCGAUGAUGAAAGCAAACCUGAGAGGCGUCCAACGAAGCACAUGCCAACACCUGCUCAGUGGACCAAUAAUUUUAAUCCUGCCUUUUCAUACUAUGCAUAUUAUUGCUAUGCAAAUCUGUAUACUCUUAAUAAGCUUCGUGAAUCGAAAGGAAUGUCUCUGAUCAAAUUUCGACCUCACUGCGGAGAGGCUGGUGAUAUCGAUCACUUGGCUGCCGCAUUCCUUGCAGCACACAACAUUGCACAUGGAAAUAAUCUCAGAAAAUCAACUCCAUUACAGUAUUUAUAUUAUCUUUCCCAGAUUGGGUUGGCCAUGUCUCCUUUGAGCAAUAAUUCCUUAUUUUUGGAUUAUCGUCGAAACCCAUUCCCAAUGUUUUUUGCUCGUGGACUUAAUGUGUCCCUUUCAACAGAUGAUCCUCUCCAGAUCCAUCUAACCAAAGAACCUCUUGUAGAGGAAUACAGUGUUGCAGCACAGGUAUGGAAGCUCGGUUCGUGUGAUCUCUGUGAGAUUGCAAGGAAUUCAGUCUAUCAGUCUGGUUUUAGCCAUGCAACAAAGCUUCAUUGGCUUGGAAACAAAUAUUACAAGAGAGGACCUGCAGGAAAUGAUAUCCAAAAGACAAAUGUUCCACUCAUGAGAGUUGCUUUCCGCCACCAGAUAUGGAAAGAAGAGAUGCAAUAUGUGUACAUGGGAAGAGCCAAAAUAUCCGAAGAAAUAGAUGCCUGAAACCGUUUCCUAAUUGUUAAUGCGGGUGUCCUUGUCUGGGUGCUGUUAUAUGCUUACACUUCCCUUUUGUUUGGAAAAUCGUCCCAUGUGAAAAGUGGGAUUGUAAAACUCCGUAGUUCAUGCGCUUAUGUUGGACAUAAUGAGUUCCUUUUCUUUUAUUCGUGAGCGUCAAAAGAAUUUGAGUGGUUGAUCUCCUGUCUUCUUGAUCACUUGUGAAGUAAGAGAAAAUCCUUCAGGUGGCUCAAGUCAUUGAGUAUAAAGGGUUUGACUCGAGCUGAAACCAAUGCAGUCCUGCUCAGAGGUGAAGCUGCAAGUACAUGGAGGUUAGGCCUUUUGUUUUUUCCCUUGAGAAAUUCAAGAAAAGCUUCACAGUCCUGCUAAACUCGUGUUGCUCAUAAGAUGAAUCAGAGGAAAAGAUGUAAUUGCGUGGAGGUUAUUUUGGAUUUUGUCAUUUUCUUAGAGAAGCAAAAUGGCACACCAAUCCGCCAAUACAGGGAUUAGAAGAGAUACAGGAGGGGUUUUGGAAUUUUAUGUCCCUUAUAGAAGACCUUCAAUUAGAUCUAUUAUAUGUUCAUGUAUUACCUUUAACAAUAAGAGAAAAACCUUUCGUUAUCUAAUUGAAUGUUCAUGCAGCAAGUUUCGUAAUAUUUUGUUGCACACAGCUGUUGAAGCCAAACUCAUCCUUGGGUAACAUGUACAUUCAAGAUUAGGGAUAUCAGGCAUGUGUAGUGGGCGAUAUCAAUAGCAAAGCUGGAUAUUGAUUUCAAUUGAGAUGUAUUAUUUAAA